AUGGCUGAGGAUGACAUGACUCCAGAGCAGCUAGCAGCCAUCGCUGCUGAAAAUGAGGAGCCAGAGCACGUGAACUACAAGGCACCUGCCCGGAAGACUGUGCAGGAGAUCCACGAGAUGGAUAAGGAUGAUGAGAGCUUACGUAAAUAUAAAGAAGCUCUCCUCGGCUCUGCAGUCGCUGCUGCCGAUCCCAACGUUCCCAAUGUCCAGGUGACCCAAAUGGCACUGUUGUGUGACAGUGCCCCAAAUCCUCUCGUGCUGGACUUGCAAGGAGACUUGGAAUCCUUCAAGAAUGAAGCCUUUGUUCUUAAGGAAGGAGUUGAAUACAAAAUAAAGAUCAGCUUUAAGGUGAACAGGGAGAUUGUUUCAGGUCUGAAAUACGUGCAGCAGACUUACAGGAAAGGAAUGAAAAUUGACAAAUCGGACUACAUGGUGGGCAGCUACGGGCCCCGCCCGGCUGCAUAUGACUUUCUGACCACGGUGGAGGAGGCUCCUAAAGGGGUGCUGGCCCGCGGCAACUACGUCAUCAAAUCCAAGUUCACCGACGACGACAAGCACGAUCACCUGAACUGGGAGUGGAACCUCAACAUCAAGAAAGACUGGAAAGACUAA